AUGGCGGCAUGUUUGGUACAAGUGGUGCUGCUGAGCUUUUUGUCUGUAUCACAGGUUCAGGCUGACAGUUUAGCUGCUCCAGUGAACGUAUCGAUCAGGGAUCUGAAGGCCAACUCUGCUACAGUGAUAUGGGACAUCCCCAGCUCCGAGCCAGUUAUUGGAUUUGCCAUCACCCAGCAGGCGAAAGACAUGCUACGCUUUAUACAGGAAGUGAACACGACCACGCGGAGUUGUGCACUGUGGGGUUUGGAGGCAGAGACAGAUUACAUUGUUCACGUGCAGUUCAUCAGUAUUCAUGGGACAAGUCCACCUAGUGAAACGCUGCGCUUCAGAACGCCCAAAGAGGCAGAGAACCAGGUUUCUAAAAAUGAGGUCACCAUGGAGGAAGUGGAACAGGCUACACAGCUCAGAGCGGGAGAGAUCAUCAUCAUCGUCGUGGUGCUAGUCAUGUGGGCAGGUGUGAUUGCUCUCUUCUGUCGUCAGUAUGAUAUAAUUAAAGACAAUGAACCAAACAAUAAUAAAGAUAAAGCCAAGAAUUCGUCAGAGUGCAGUACCCCUGAGCACCCGUCGGGAGGGCUGUUACGGAGCAAGGUGUGACCCCAUCGCAAGUAAAUUGCACAGAGAGGAUGAAUGAGUUAAAAAGGACCCAUUUCUCCACCAGAGGACAAAGACUUAAAUGUACUGACAGCAUACAUUGGCCCACCUGGGACCUGCCACUUAAGCAUCCAUAUGAGCCAGGAAUCAAAACUACUAGCUCCAGUCAGAAGAACUGCAAGCUGGGUUGGACAUACCACAAGGACUACCACAAAUCCUCAGUGGGUUUCAGAGAUAAAAACCAGAGCUAAAGCUGGAUAGCUAAGAGCUGGUUUGCUUAGCCAGGGAACCACUGAGGG